AUGGCUUCAGCUUCCCUGAUCCUUGACUCUGAUGAGGACAACGUCGACUUUGCAGAUGGUGGCAGCCACUCUGAAGGUGCAUUGUUCCAGCCCAUUUCGCACACAGACAAACCUCGAAAGGAUGCGGAGGAUACGCUUCCAGUUUGGGCACUUGCAAAACCAGUUGGGAUUCAAUCUGAUAGCCAGGUCGCAGACUCACAGCAAGAGGACCUGUUUGGUGACCCUUUGGAUGAGAAGAAGGAGGAGAAACAACAUCAGAAGCAGCAAGAGAAGCAGACGCUUCAGAAGCAGGAGACACUCAAGCGCAAAAAACCUUUUUGUGAUGAGGACAUGCCGGACCCCGUUACACCUCCUACCCGCAAAUCCCGGGCGGCACCAGUGACACCUGAUGCUGCUGCUGCUGACGACUGUGAGACUGUGGCUCCAUGUGUUGGUGACAGUGCUGAUUCAGAUUCUGAUGACCUCAAAGACCCUCAAGAGAUCAUCAAAGCCAAGGCUGCUGACCUCAUUGAUGACCCCAAAUUCAAAAAAGGAACUGUGAUGGGCUCACUGUUGCCGCCUUCAGAGGAGAUUUUGAAAGAAAUUCGCAAGAUCAGAGCCAGGGAUGUUUCAAAUACUUGGCACUCAAAAUGGGUUUCAAAGGGGACCCCCAGAGACGCUGCUGGCAGCGGCGGCAGUGGUGAUGGAGGUGAUCCCGCUGCAGCUGCACCUGUUGGUCAUCCCGUGCCUGAUGCUGAAGUACCAGAAGAACCCAAACCUUUGAAUUUGAUGUCUGAGCGAUUCAAAUUCAUUGGACAAUACCUGAAGGAUCACAAGGGUGAACCUGACAAGAUGAAGAAUGCCAACCGAGCUUGGAUGGAAUCUGAAAUCAGAGCCAGAAUUCUUGCAUCCCGUAAUGGGAAGGUUCCUGUUGGCAACGGCCAUGAGGGAGCUCCAGAGUGA